UGUCGCCCAGCAUUGCCUCCGUUGUUGCUGCUGUUCCGUUGCAUCCCAAUCAUUCCUCCGUUCACCUUCCACCAUCUCUCUGCAGCAGCGGACCGAGCUGGAGCUGCAGCCGGAGCUGGCAGUCCGCGGCGCGCUGCCGUGCCAAACACACUGUGUCUCCAGUCUGUCACGACUCUGCGUGCAUUUAACUGCGUUUUGGUUGUCAUUUCGAAACACUAAAGAGGGAAGUGACGUCCGUAUAGAAUGUACAAAGUUUUUAUUUGACAAGUGUUUUUAACCUGCUCAGAUGAUCUGAGUUCAGUUUAAAUAUUUUCGGGACUUUAUCCAAAAGAUCCCCAUCAGCGCCGAGCUGCGGCAGCCGCCAGGUAAUGAGGAUGAACCACCUCUUGUUACGCCGCACGGCCAUUCGCUCCGCACGGGAUCAACUAUAAGGACCAGAACCCGUGGAUCUAAAGGACCCAGAGUCCUUCAUCGCUGUUCUAACAACGAAAAGUAAAGCCGCUGGUGAAUGCUGCCGCAGACAUGAGUUUUGGAAACAGAUUCUUCGUUUCACUCUUUCUUGGAAUUACGAUCAGUCAUUUCAGCCGCUGCAAUCAAGUUGUGUUGUUAGAUACAACAUCUGUGCUUGGAGAGCUGGGAUGGAAGACAUAUCCCAUAAAUGGGUGGGAUGCCAUUACAGAGAUGGAUGAGCACAAUCGACCGAUCCAUACUUUCCAGGUUUGCAAUGUGAUGGAACCCAACCAGAACAACUGGCUACGCUCCAACUGGAUUUCUCGACAGGCAGCCCAAAAGAUCUACGUGGAGCUGCGCUUCACCUUGCGUGAUUGCAAUUCCAUCCCAUGGGUUUCUGGCACCUGUAAGGAGACUUUCAAUCUUUUCUACCAUGAGAUGGAUGAAGCUCAUGGUGUCAAAUUUAAACCCAGUCAGUACACCAAGAUUGACACCAUUGCUGCCGAUGAGAGCUUUACUCAGAUGGAUCUUGGAGAUCGCAUUCUCAAGCUCAACACUGAGGUGCGGGAGGUGGGACCCAUGACCAAAAAGGGGUUUUAUCUGGCUUUCCAGGACAUUGGUGCCUGCAUUGCAUUGGUAUCUGUGAGGGUUUACUACAAGAAAUGCCCAUUUACGUUGAUGAACUUGGCCUCAUUUCCAGACACAGUCCCUCGUGUGGACUCUUCCUCAUUGGUGGAGGUGAGAGGAGCAUGUAUCGAUCAUGCUGAAGAAAAAGACACACCCAAGCUGUUUUGUGGAGCAGAUGGAGACUGGUUAGUCCCCCUGGGAAGAUGUGUUUGCAGUGUCGGGUAUGAGGAGAAAGAUGGCUCAUGUGCUGCAUGUCGUCCAGGGUUCUACAAGGCAUAUGCAGGAAACAUCAAGUGUUCAAAGUGCCCUCCACACAGUUUCAGCUAUGGAGAAGGAGCUUCCAUCUGCCGCUGCGAAAAAGGCUUCUUCAGAGCUGAAAAAGAUCCCCCGACAAUGGCCUGCACACGCCCUCCAUCUCCCCCACGCAAUCUAAUGUUUAACAUGAACGACACCUGCCUUAUGCUGGAGUGGUUGCCUCCAAGCGACACCGGGGGUCGCCGGGAUCUCACAUAUAACGUCCAGUGCAAACGCUGCGGACCUGCAACCAACCAGUGCCAGAUCUGUGAGGAAGAGCUUCGUUUCCUGCCUCGACCUUUGGGCCUGACCAAUGCCACCGUAACUAUCACAGACUUCUCAUCGCACGCCAACUACACCUUUGAGAUCGAGUCACUGAACGGUGUGUCAGACAUGAGUUCCUUUCCUCGGCAGGUGGCCAUCAUCACAGUCAGCACUGAUCAGGGGGGUCCAUCUCUGGUGGGCGCCGUAAAGAAGGACUGGGCUUCUCCAAACAGCAUCGCUCUCUCUUGGCAGCAACCUGAAGAAACAACACUUCCCAUCAUUGACUAUGAAGUCAAAUAUUAUGAGAAGGAUCAAGAGCAGUUGAGCUACUCAUCAACACGCACCAGGGCUCCCAGUGUUAUUGUCUCAGGUUUAAAACCAGCAACCUGGUAUGUCUUCAGUGUUCGUACCCGUACAGCUGGUGGAUACAGCUCCUACUCCCCAAAAUGUGAAUACCAAACUACAGGUGACUCUUCAGACAUCGCUUCCGAUCAAGGCCAGGUGUUGGUCAUUGUAACGGCAGCGGUCGGUGGUUUCACCCUUCUUGUCAUCCUCACCCUCUUCCUCCUCAUCACUGGAAGGUGUCAGUGGUACUUCAAGGCCAAGAUGACCGCAGAGGACAAAAGACAGACUGACUAUCAUAAUGGACAUGUCCCUUUUCCAGGAAUAAAGACAUAUGUGGACCCUGACACGUACGAGGAUCCCACACAGGCUGUCCAUGAAUUCACUAAAGAAAUCGACCCAUCCAGGAUCCGCAUUGAGAGGGUGAUUGGAGCAGGUGAAUUUGGCGAGGUAUGCAGCGGCCGCUUGAGAACAUCAGGCAAAAAGGAGAUUGCGGUGGCAAUAAAGACACUGAAGGGAGGUUAUGUGGAACGUCAACGGCGGGACUUCCUGCGUGAGGCGUCUAUCAUGGGCCAGUUUGAUCACCCCAACAUCAUCAGGCUGGAAGGAGUGGUCACAAAAAGCAGGCCUGUGAUGAUCGUCGUGGAGUACAUGGAAAAUGGAUCACUGGACUCAUUUCUUAGACAACAUGACGGUCACUUCACAGUCAUCCAGCUGGUCGGCAUGCUGCGUGGCAUCGCCUCAGGCAUGAAGUAUCUUUCAGACAUGGGCUACGUUCACAGAGACCUGGCAGCCCGAAACAUCCUAGUCAACAGCAAUCUGGUGUGUAAAGUUUCAGACUUCGGCCUGUCCCGAGUGCUGGAGGAUGACCCGGAGGCUGCUUACACCACAACGGGUGGUAAAAUCCCGAUCCGAUGGACAGCUCCAGAGGCCAUUGCAUACAGAAAGUUUUCCUCGACCAGCGAUGCCUGGAGCUACGGCAUAGUCAUGUGGGAGGUGAUGUCCUACGGAGAGCGGCCAUACUGGGAGAUGUCCAAUCAGGAUGUGAUUCUGUCCAUUGAGGAGGGCUAUCGGCUGCCAGCACCAAUGGGCUGCCCUGUGGCUCUGCACCAGCUGAUGCUACACUGCUGGCAGAAGGAGAGGAAUCAUCGACCCAAAUUUGUGGAUAUCGUUUCCUUCUUGGAUAAACUAAUUCGUAACCCCAGCAGCCUGCUGCCGCUGGUAGAAGACCUCCAGAGUCUACCAGAAUCCCCGGCGGAGGACAUGGAUUACCCAAUGUUCAUCUCUGUUGGCGACUGGCUGGAUUCUAUAAAGAUGAGUCAGUACAAAAGCAAUUUUAUGGCAGCAGGCUUCAACACAAUGGAUUCUGUGGCAAGGAUGAGUAUUGAAGAUGUGAGGCGUACUGGUGUGGAGCUGAUCGGCCACCAGAGGCGGAUCGUCAGCAGCAUACAGACCCUUCAAUUUCAACUACUGCACGAACAGGAGAAGGGAUUCCAUGUAUGAGGACGCCCUUUUUUGUUGCAGCCUGGGAUGGACAGGUCGUCGAGACAGGAGGAAGUGAAGUCUAACCCAACUGAAGGAUGGUCUGCAGCCUGUGCCUGACUGUCAGGACUUCAUCUCAUGCAGGAGGUCUUUUCCUGGACUAUUCCUGGUCUCCUACUCUUCCCUUUGGACUUUUUUUCUACUAAACAUCCCUGACAUCGUAUGCCUGGUUCUACCAGACUACUACAGCCUGAUGGACUCCACAGACUGGCCCAGGCCCUCACUUAGGGGAAUGUAAUGCCUUGUUGCAACAGCCGUAUGUUUGUGUGUGGAGCAACAAUACUAGAAAUGUAGAUUUGCAAAUGUUAUCUACUGAUUCUUUGGACUUUGUUUUCUCUUGCUCAUGUAGCUGCUAUCGGGUGUGCAAUCUAUCUGUUUUUGUCCUUUGAAAAGAGAAAUAACCUCAGUACUUUUUAGUUUAGAGUUUUAUCAUUUAAUAUAAAAGUUUAUUUGGAUUGUUUUAGUUACCUGAUGUCCAGAGAAUCUGGUACACUAUUACUUGAAGGAAGAAGUAAGAAGAACGUUAUAGAGAUUUAUUGAAUGUUUAAAAGUGUAUAGACAGUUAAUUACUAUUAUUAUAACCUAAUAUAUGUGCAAUUGUGUAUGUGAAAGCCCUAGUAAAUCUAAAACUUAUUUAAAUGUUUAAUUUAUUUAAAAGAUUUUUUUAAACAAAAUCAGCAAUACUUAUUAUGCAGUCACCUCAGCAUCUCCGUGGGGGAUGAAGAAUUGUGAAAAGACAGACUUCCACCGAUUCUUAAUGUCAGAUUCUCAACUUGCAGAAAAAUCACCAUACAGGUCUGGCAGUUUUUAGCAACCCGUGUAGACCCAGUCACGUGAUUAACCUUUCGCGGUUUUGUUUUGCUUUUGAUCGUGAAUGUUAAACAUUGCCUGAAAAACUCCACAAAUUUCACUGUCGUACUAUACGAAUGUUCACAGAAUUUAGAUAUUUCUAGUUGUUUUACUUUAUUUGAAGACUUAACGAGGAAUUACAUGGUUCUUCCUGUUGCAUCAUAUCAUUUUGCCUGGUCACACACACUCAAACACAACCAAAAACCUACAAAAUUCUGACACUUGUUUUGAUUUCUACUGCAAAUUUGGUUUGCCAAGUCAGAGGAAACAUGUAGACAAUUUCUGGUGGAUUUUAAGAACUGCUCGUGCAUACGUUGUGGUCAUGUGAAGGUUGUAGCAAUUGUGGCAGUAAGCAUAGUCUGACAUGAGUACUUUUAAAUAUGAAGUGGGACUAGAUAUAAGAUGUUAGCAAAGAACAGUAGUGUUGCUGUUUUUUGACCAAGAAGGAAGAGAGGCGCGCAACAUAACAGCACCUUCAUAACUCAUUGUGUAAUUUUAACAUUGGCAGUAACAGAAACACACAAACAUACAGAGAAUGCCUUACAGUCUGUUAGCCAUGCAAGCCAGAAACACUUCAUAAGUUCAGUGCAGUCAUAAGGCCUAGUUAUUUGUUUAAAUUGUAUAAUAAUAAUUAUCUGCAGUUUUUUAUAACUCACAGAUUAAACCCAACUGGACCUGGAGAUGUGUGCCUUUUGGGUCACACCGAGGUCGGUCACACAUCCUGGCCCUCAGGAGUGGGAAAUGUUCACACACACAUCCAAGCACACACACGCACACACACACACAUGCUCUCACAAACGCCCACCCCUCUACAUGAAUUCUGAGAUUAUCAGAUGCUGUUUGUUUAGCAUGUUCUACUGCUGAGCAAUGUUAGAACGUUCUUUUGUACAAAGUACAAGUAUACUUAUAAUUCUUGUAUUUUAUUUUUCUAUAAUUUCCAAAGAGAUGUUGUAGAUCUUGCACACUGUAAGAGGCAGUUACAGCGAAUAUUUAUUUGCAAAUAAAGAUAACCAGUUCUGUUGGCUGACUGCUCAAGA